AUGGCAGUUAAGUGCUAAUCCUGCUUCCAUCCCGGAUUUCUCAAACUAAAACAGGGGAGGGGGGAGUCGGUCUAUCAAAGCAGACAACAACACCGGAUUGAGGAAAUUGACGAGGGUAGAACAUGUGCAAAACAAAGUUGUUUAAAAGACAAAAGCGUGCAGUCUGUCGUUCAUAUCUGGGCGAGCGCAGCGGCACCCAUUGCUUAUUCAUGUCAGGUCUGUGCUGUCACGGCAGCUCAGUGUCACGCACGGGAGGAGGACCGCUAGUAUUCGGCCAUGCAGCUCUGUUUCAUCUUGCUAGUGUUGGCGCGGUUGUUGGAGGUGGAUGCCUGGAGCGUCGGACUCAAGUACGCAGUGGACUGCCCAGAGCGCUGCGACGAGAAGGUGUGCGGAGGGGUACAGCGCUGCAAGCGCACGGUGCUCGAUGACUGCGGCUGUUGCCGGGUAUGCGCAGCGGCAAGGGGGGAGCACUGCUACCGCACCGUGUCCGGCAUGGACGGGGUCAAAUGCGGACCUGGGCUGCGUUGUCACUUUUACAAAGAAGAGGAUGACUUUGGAGAGGAGUACGGCAUCUGCAAAGAGUGUCCAUAUGGGACAUAUGGAGUGGAAUGCAGAAAAACCUGCAACUGCAAGACGGGGAUAUGUGAUAGAGAAACUGGGAAAUGCAUGAAGUUUCCAUUUUAUUCAAUGGCACCCUCAAAAAUGGACAACAGACAUAAAUUGAGACCACAGACAGAAAAUGAAAUGGGGUCGGGAGAUGCUCACAGCGAUGUAAAAGAAGAUUUAUUAAAGGAGAAAAACAUGCAGACAGCAACAAUAAAACGUCUGAAUCCUCGGUAAAAUCUUGCACUCUGAGUGAGAAUUAAAUGUAGCAACUUUGUCUGAGUAAAAAGAUUAUUUUUUGUAUAUGAAUUACAAAGACUAUUGUAAACUAUUUUUUUUUCUAAAAAUGGGAUGUUUUAGACAUUAGAAUUUCCAUGUUUUAGUAAAAGCUUUGAGUAAAAAGGUUCUGCCUUCGUCAGUUUGAUUUUAUUUUAUUUCUGUUUUUCUGUGUUGUGCUGUAGUUUUUUUGUGUUCAGAUAUUAUGGUGAAAAAUGUGCUAUAUAUUUUUUUAGCCUUAGACCAACUCUUUAUUUUAUUUAAGAAAUGUUAAUAUCUUAUGUUUUCCAUUUAUAUUUGCACCUUUAAGCACAAGAUAGCUUUUAAC